AUGGAAACGCCCCCAGGUGGCACCAGAGAGAAGGUGGGGGACAGGACUAUGGCUGCCAACAUGCGAAUCCUCAUCAAGGGAGGGAAGGUGGUGAACGAUGAUUUCACCCAUGAAGCAGACGUCUACAUUGAGAAUGGCAUCAUCCAGCAGGUUGGAAAGGAACUGAUGAUACCAGGCGGGGCCAAGGUGAUCGACGCCUCCGGAAAGCUGGUGCUGCCGGGCGGAAUAGACACCAGCGUGCAUCUGCAGCAAACCUUCAUGAACGCCGGCAUCCAGGACGACUUCUACAGUGGGACCAAGGCGGCUCUGAUGGGUGGUACCACCAUGGUGAUGGGUCUGGUCCUGCCUGAACAACACUGCUCCCUGUUGGACGCCUACGAGAAGUGCAGAGCCCUGGCCGAUGCCAAGGCGUGCUGCGACUACGCUCUGCACGUCGGUGUGACCUGGUGGGGACCAAAGGUGAGAUGCACAGAG